AUGGACACUAAUACUAGAUCUUUUGGAUCAAACUUCCUUGCUCAAGGUGCAUAUAGAAAGGGUGUUUCCAAAAGACCAUUUCUAAGAAAACCACUGAGGGAAGAAGGUGGCCGUUGGCUAAAAGAGGGCAAUGAUGCUUCAGAAUGGGUCAAUCUUUUCUAUGAUCUAGUGGUAGUAGCAGUUCUCACUGUAUUUUCGACUGGACAUGAAAUCAACCGACCUGCUGCAAUUCCAAUAUUCCUAUCUUUCUUCUCAAUCAUAAAUUGGAUUUGGUCAUCACAGACUCAUUAUGAUAUAAGAUAUCAGGCCGAUGACGGAUGGCAUACGUUAGCAAAGGGAUGUCAAAUUAUGACUUUUGUUUUCAUGGGUGCUGCAGCUGGAAAUUGGAAUCCAGGAUUGAUCUUCUAUGGAGAUACCGGAACAUACUCUCAAGCAAAUACCAGCUUUACCACUGUUUCCGUCGCUUUCGCAGUUUCAAGAGCCUUCUUAGCUUUUCAAUAUGUCCUGAGUGCAUGGAAUGGGCAUCGUGUAGGACGCAAGAUCCAAACACAUAAAAUCAGGAUCAGCUCACUUAUCAUAUCUACCAUAUUCAGUAUCAUAGCAGCUGCUUUACCUAAUAACUCGAAAGGUAAAUGUGUGGCUAAGAUUACCCUGCUUUACCUGGGGAUAGGUGCGGAAUUGAUAGCAGCUAGACUAGAAUUUGUAUUUGGUUCCACCACUCAUGAAAGAGUGGAACUUGUCGGAGAACGUCACGGUGCUUUCACCCUUAUAAUCCUUGGUGAAGGUUUCAUUUCCUUGACAAGAGCUUUCAAUACUGCUCUUUCAGAAGGAAGUUCAAACAGUGUAGUCUACGCCCAGGUUUUCAUGUCCAUCACAAUCAUCUAUUUGCUCUUCGGUUUCUUAUUCACGAGGUUCGAUCCCAAGGAAGGUAUAAACAAUGCUAGGUCUGCAAUGUGGCAAAUAUUACACUUCCCACUCCAUUUCAAUCUGUUACUAUUGUUAGCGGCUUUAGUCAACUCAGUUAUCUGUUUCUCCCUUGCUGGAGCCUUAACUGGCACAAUCGACAAUUUCUCAAGUUUCACCAGCUCAAUCACAAAUGGCACUCAGAUUACUCAGUCAGAUCAGACAUUUGCGGAUACUUAUCUUUCUACGUUACAUCUCCAGCCUAGCUUCGAAGAGGAAAUACAGUAUUUGACCGAACUGAAUAACGAAGACGAGCCAACGGAUGACUUCGCAAUUAAGUCUUAUCAGUAUCUCGGUCAAAUAAUGAUUCAAGUCUUUAACAGCUAUGAAAUCGAGAUUGAAGACAGUGUCUAUGAACGGUAUAACGAAUUAUACGAGGUCAAUUCGACUGUCAUUCCAGAUACAGAAGUUUUAUCUGAGCGACGAUCAGAAGCUCAUUCACUACUCAUUGAAAUAAUACAAGAACCUUCUUCAGCAACAAUAUCAGGUGUUUUAUGGUUAUUCCCAACCGCGGGUAUAGCAUUGAUAUUAGCAUCUUUGAGAUCAAUGUUAUGGUAUAGAUAUAAUGGAAUAGCACAUUAUAUCGUUCAUCUUUCUUGGCUACUAUUAGGUUUGAUAUUAUCAUUAUUGGGUUUACUGGAUAUAGGUAAUCAGAAUUUCGAGAUUAAAGACGGUGGUCUAGAUCAAGAAUUCAAAAAUACAAAUCCCAUGUAUCAUCUAGUAGACGCUAGAGUACCUCUAGUGAUGGUUCUAGUCAUUUACCUGAUAGCUAAUUAUGGUACUAUAUUCCUACUGGGCAUAGUGCAUCGUAUAAAAGGCAAUGUAUGGUCAGAAGAAGAGGAGGAAGAAGAAGAAACAGCAUCUAACAGGGUAUAG